UCCUCUGCUAGAUAGCUGGGGUUUGUUUGUCAGCAAUGGAUCAAAGAAUCCACGCCUGGCUACUGGUUGCUCUCUUUCAAAUUACAUCUAUAGCAGCCGUGACAAAUUCUGUAGAUGUUUCUGCUCUGUAUUCGCUCAAGCUUGUUUGGCAAAAUACACCAACUAAUUGGGUGGGCUCAGAUCCUUGUGGUAAUGGUUGGGUUGGAAUUAGCUGCUCUGAUUCUCGAGUGAUCUCCAUAACAUUAUCAAGCAUUGGACUGAAAGGUCAGUUGUCUGGAGACAUCCAGUCCUUCUCUGAGUUACAGACACUGGAUCUGUCUUACAACAAAAACCUGACUGGACCCAUUCCACCAUCAAUUGGGAAUUUGAAGAAGUUGACUUACUUGACCCUGAUUGGUUGCAGUUUCUCCGGGCAGAUCCCUGACACAAUAGGCUCUCUACAAGAGCUGACCUUCUUAGCCCUAAAUUCUAACAGCUUCAUUGGAAAAAUACCAUCUUCCAUUGGUAAUUUAUCUAAGCUUUAUUGGUUGGAUCUAUCUGACAACAAGCUCACGGGGCCUAUACCAGUCUCUGAUGGGAGUACACCUGGUCUUGAUAUGCUAGUCCAUACCCUACACUUUCAUUUCGGAAAGAAUCAGCUCUCUGGUACCAUCCCACCUCAACUUUUCAGUUCAGACAUGGUUCUUAUACACGUGCUUUUUGACAGUAACUCAUUCACUGAAAGCAUUCCUUCCACUCUAGGACUUGUGAAAACUUUGGAGGUUAUACGGUUUGAUAGGAAUUCUCUAAGUGGAACAGUCCCUUCAAAUCUUAACAAUCUUACAAGCGUUGGUGAGCUGCAUUUAUCCAACAAUAUUCUGAGUGGCCCCAUGCCAGAUCUGACUGGGAUGAAUGUCCUCAAUUACGUGGACCUGAGCAAUAAUAGUUUUGAUACAACAGAUGUUCCGUCAUGGUUUUCAACCUUAGGGUCCUUGACGACACUAAUGAUGGAUGACACUCGACUUCAUGGAGCAAUACCACCAGCUCUGUUCAGCAAUCCUCAAUUACAGACCGUGAGUCUAAGAAACAAUCGGCUUAAUGGUACAUUUGACAUUGGUGCUGACUUUAGCAAUCAACUGCAAUUCAUUGAUUUACAAAAUAAUUUAAUUGAAGUUGUGGAAAACAGAGUAUACCGUAACGAAUUAAUUCUCCUGAGUAAUCCAGUUUGUGAAGGAACGGGAACCACAUCCAACUACUGCAUGCAACCAAAUCAAUCUAUUUCUUCAUAUUCAACUGGCUCAAGGAACUGUGCACCUGUUGUUUGUCCUUCAGACCAGAGUGCCAGCCCUAACUGUAAAUGUUCAUACCCAUACAAGGGAACCCUAGUUUUCAGAGCUCCUUCCUUCUCAGACUUGGGAAACUCAUCAUAUUAUAUGGAUCUUGAAAGUUCGCUUAUGCAUUCAUUUCAGACCUAUCAACUACUGGUGGAUUCAGUUUCUUUGAGCAACCCAAGAAAGGACUCAAAUGAUUAUCUUGAAAUAAAUCUGGAGGUCUUCCCCUCUGGAUAUGAUCAUUUCAGUCAGUCAGAGAUAACGAAAAUUGGUUUAAUGCUGAGCAAACAAACCUAUAAACCACCACAUUACUUUGGGCCAUAUUAUUUCAAUGGUUCAAAUUAUCGGUAUUUUCUAGAAUCUUCAAAGUCAGUGAGCCUUGGAAUUAUUAUUGGAGCAGCAAUCGGAGGAUUUCUAGUUGUACUCGUGCUGAUCUCUGCAGGAUUUUAUGCUUAUCGUCAGAAGAAAAGGGCAGACAGAGUUAUUAAACAAAACAAUCCUUUCGCAUCAUGGGACCCAAGUAAAGGCAGUGGUAGCAUUCCUCAGUUAAAAGGAGCCAGAUGGUUCUCUUUCGAGGAACUGAAGAAAUGCACCAGUGAUUUCUCAGAGGCCAGUGAGAUUGGAGAGGGGGGUUAUGGGAAGGUUUACAGAGGGACAAUUGCCUCUGGACAACUGGUUGCUAUUAAAAGGGCUCAACAAGGAUCCAUGCAGGGUGGUCUUGAGUUUAAAACUGAGAUUGAGAUGCUUUCCAGGGUUCAUCAUAAGAACCUUGUGAGCCUUGUAGGCUUCUGUUUCGAACAUGGGGAACACAUUUUGGUGUAUGAAUAUAUCCCAAAUGGUACUCUAAGGGAAAGUCUUUCAGGGAAGUCAGGUAUACGAUUGGAUUGGAUGAGGAGACUUCAGGUGGCCAUAGGAUCAGCCAGAGGGCUGACUUAUCUGCAUGAGCUUGCUGACCCUCCUAUAAUACAUAGGGACAUUAAAUCAAACAACAUCCUCAUUGAUGACCAGUUAAAUGCAAAAGUUUCUGAUUUUGGUCUCUCCAAGCUGAUGAAUGAUAAUGAAAAGAGUUAUGUCACGACUCAAGUGAAGGGGACGAUGGGCUACUUGGAUCCAGAAUAUUAUAUGACGCAGCAAUUGACCGAGAAGAGUGAUGUUUAUAGCUUUGGAGUAGUAAUGUUGGAGCUAAUAACUGCAAGGAAGCCAAUAGAGCGGGGGACUUACAUUGUGAGAAAGGUGAGGGUAACAAUGGACAAGACGAGGGAUCUAUAUGGCCUUCAUGAACUUAUUGAUCCAACCAUUGGGUCAGGCAGCAUAAUCAAGGGAUUUGGGAAGUUUGUGGAUCUAGCAAUGAAGUGUGUAGAAGACUCAGCAGCCAACCGGCCGACAAUGAGCCGAGUUGUGAAAGAAAUUGAGAGCAUAAUGCAUUUGGCUGGUCUACAUCCAAAUGCUGAAUCUACAUCCACUUCAGGAACUUUUGAAGGGCAAAGUAAAGGAACACCCUACCAUCCUUACAGUAAUGAGUUUGUUGAAUAUAGUGGUGACCACUUAUUACCUUCCAAGGUUGAACCCCAUUGACAUGAAAAUGUGUACA